GUAUACGUGUCUGAUUGGGGAAAUGAUCGUGUGAUGAAAUGGGUGGAAGGUGCAAAACAAGGCACUGUCGCGGCUGGUGAUCAAGGAGAAGGAAAUGGUCUUACACAAUUGUCAUAUCCUGAAGGAGUCGUUGUCGAUCAAUUGGGCACUGUCUAUGUGACUGAUCGAGGGAAUCAUCGAAUAAUGCGUUGGCCCAGAGGAGCCACAAAGGGAAGUGUCAUUGUUGGUGGAAACGGUGGAGGAGGGCAAUCGAACCAGCUCAAUAGACCCACCGGUUUGUCAUUCGAUUGA